AACAGAAUACCAUUACAAUAUUAUACUUUUAAGUGUUUUGAGAGGAAAAACAGUAAAAAAAUGAUGAGUUGCUGGGGUUCAGUUGUGAUGUGGUUUCAUCUAACAAUUGUUAUUGCAACUUAUAAUAAUUUGGUGGAAAGCAAAUCAUGUGCAUUUGAAGCAAUUUUUAAUUUUGGAGAUUCCAACACUGACACUGGUGGAUUUUAUGCAGCAUUUCCAUCUCAAGGGUCUCCGUAUGGAAUGACUCAUUUCAAAAAACCAACCGGACGGGCAACUGAUGGAAGGGUCAUCAUUGAUUUUCUUGCUCAAGGACUAGGGUUGCCAUUUGUGAGUCCAUAUUUGCAAUCAAUUGGAUCUGAUUUCAGACAUGGUGCCAAUUUUGCAACAUCAGCAUCCACAGUGCUCAUGCCACAAACUUCAUUGUUUGUAUCUGGUGUUAGCCCUUUUUAUUUGGAAAUUCAACUCCGACAGUUCAAGCAAUUUAAGGCUAAAGUCGAUGAACUUCAGAGUAAAGGUAACACUAAUCUACCUCCCUCAGAUAUAUUUGGGAAGUCACUUUAUACAUUCAACAUAGGGCAGAAUGACUUCACUGGCAAUUUGGCAAGUAAAGGAACGGGUGGAGUGAAGGAGUACUUACCUCAAGUAGUUUCUCAAAUUACCAGCACCAUUAAGGAAAUCUAUGGAUUAGGGGGAAGAACAUUUUUGGUACUUAACCUUGCACCAAUUGGAUGUUACCCAGCAUUUUUAGUGGAGCUCCCUCAUGAGAGUUCUGAUAUUGAUGAAUUUGGAUGCAUGAAAUCAUACAAUAAUGCAGUGGUGGACUAUAACAAAAUGCUUAAAGAUGCAUUGGCACAAACCAGAAAAGAUCUUUCAGAUGCAAAUGUUAUUUAUGUUGACACUCAUGCUGUGCUCUUGGAGCUUUUCCAACACCCCACUUCUCAUGGGUUUAAAUAUGGAAACAAAGCAUGUUGUGGAAAUGGAGGUGGUGCCUACAACUUUAACCAGCAAGUUUUCUGUGGAAAUACGAAAGAGAUAAAUGGACAAACAUUAUCAGCCACAGCCUGUGAGGAUCCAUACAGUUAUGUGAGCUGGGAUGGGAUACAUGCCACUGAAGCAGCAAACAAACUCACUGCAAAUGCCAUUCUCAAUGAUGAUUCUAUUUUUGAUCCUUCAUUUUCACUGCAUAAAUUCUGUGAUAUUCAGCCUAUUGGCUGAUACAUGUGCCACGAGUUGUUACUAAGAAAAAUGAAUAAAAGAAAGUGAUGCUUUGAAUUA